CUGCAAUCUGAAGCAGGAGGCGGGCGGCGCGCGCGCGCUGGGCGUUUGGCACCGAGUCCGUUAUUUCAGAGCCUACCAAACGCCUACUUACCGCACACACAACCAUGGCGGAAUGCGGGACCGCAGAGGAUCUGCAAGAAGAUAUUCUGAUUGACUUCUUAGCGAAGAAAGGCGGCCGAGUGAAAAACAAGGAGCUAGUGGAGAGGUUUAAAAAAUUAAUCAACGCCCCGGAGCCGCAGCUGAAAGCUAAAUAUCGUGAUGUCUUCAAAGAUAUUGUCAACAAGAUUGCACUGGUUAAGCAGGAAGAUAAUGGUAUACACAUGAUGUGCAAAGCAAGAAAAACACAGGGUGAAAAAUAUAUUGUUCUUAGAAAGAAAUAUCAGCAUCUUGUACAGGAAAGAAGUGGGUGCAAUAAAGAAGAAAAAAUGACAUUGAGUAGUCCUGUGGAAGAGUCGGUUGAACAAUUAGAGAAAGAAGAACCAUCCACCCGUUCUGGGGAAGAAAAGCUGGAGAAUUCUGAUGCCCCAAAGAUCGAGAAAAGUUUUCAGAAAGAAACCAUACAAAAUAUAGACAUCAACGGAAUUCUAAGUAGUAAGGCCUCUGCUGUAAACCCUACAGCAGAGAAAGUGAACAUGUGUGAGUGGAUUGUACAAGAAUUACCAACACCAACGGCUGACACAAAGUCCCAGGCGCCUUCAGGACGAACCAGUGAUAGCCAGGAAAACCCCAGUCUUUGCUCCAGUGAAGCGUUCAAAGAAAAACAGGGCAAGGAGCUUUGUACUGCAUCUGAAGGUGAUACAGCAUAUCCAGUGCAGAUUGAAGUAAAGGUGGAAGAACCCCAAGAGGAGGAAUUUGAUUCAGUGUUCAAGGAUGACUCUGAGCAAAAUGGAUUUGAAGAUGGCAGUGGAAGUAUGGGGUCACCAUCUGUUGCUUUGGAUCCUUUGGAAAAGGAAUGGCUGAAGUGUGCUGCAAGUGGACAUUUAACUGCUUUGUGUGAUCUUCUCAGGCAGGAUUCAUCUUUGGCAAUGAAAAAGGACUUCACAUCUGGGUUUACUGCUUUACACUGGGCAGCGAAACAUGGCAAAGAGAAAAUGGCACUCAUGCUAAUAAAUGCGGGUGUAGAUAUCAACCUCAGAGCACAUGGAGGUUACACACCACUGCAUAUAGCAGCCCUCCAUUCCCAUGUAAACAUCAUGGACCUUUUAAUUCAUAAUUAUGGUGCAAAAACAAAUGUGAGAGACUAUAGUGGACGGUUUGCAUCCCACUAUCUGAAAGAGAAUGAUGACUCGACUGAUUGCUCAAACGUUUCUUCACAAUUCCAGCAGUCUCGGGGAGAACGACGGAACCGAAAACUUGCUGGACUCUUCCUGCCGAAGAGCCACGGAAGCAGUAAAAAGAGUUGGGGUUCAGUAGAGAACCUGACAAUGGAAGACAAAGAUGGCUCCAUAUUCCUGUCUGUACCGACAUCAUACAAAGCUGUGCGCAAGUUCUCCAGAUAAGGCACUCCAGUAAACUAGAAAGUGUGAUUCAUAUAAGCUGGUGGGCCUGUUAUAAUAUUGUUUUUAUGAACUGCACAUAUUUUGACUUAAUACCAAUGUUCAGCAAAUUGACACUCAUAAGCAACUGUAUUUUGGGGCCUUCUUUUCCUACUGUAUAAUGUUGCCAUGCACAGAAACCAGAGGAAAUUCCUACUGCAAUUUUUGAUAUGUAAUGGCAAGUUAAUUGGUUUCACAAAUACAAAGUUAUUUGCACACA